AAUACCAACAGACUGACGUCAUUUUUCAGGAAGUUCGGUCUGCAUCACUCUGUUCAAUGACAGGAGAUCACCAGGAUCUGCACGUGUGUAUUUCAGCUAGAAUUGCUUUAUAUAUGUAUAUAAUUGCUUAAUAAUGGCACAGACUUUACAUGCGAGUUGCUUGUUUUUCCUCUGACUAUAUAAACAGUAAAAAAAAAAAAAAAAAAAAAAAAUGAAUGACACUGUGAAGCGAGGAGGUUGCACGCGCACUCUUGCAUUAACUGUGUGCUCAGCAGCCAUUGGUGGCACUUUUCAGUAUGGCUACAAUAUUUCAAUCAUUAAUGCACCCACAGCUUAUGUGCAGAAGUUCAUUAAUGAGACCUGUAUGAAGAGAUGGGGAACUGCUCUUGAGUCCAGUCAGGUGACACUAAUAUGGACCUUCAUUGUCUCCAUUUACUCACUUGGAGGACUUCUGGGAUCCCUGCUUGCCGGCCCAAUGGCUAUUAAGUGCGGACGUAAAGGUGCACUGCUGCUAAACAACUGCUUCCUUUUUGUGAGCGCAAUCCUGGCUCUGUGCAGUCGCUCCGCUGGCUCUUUUGAGAUGAUCAUCCUUGCUCGUCUGCUGGUGGGGGUCAAUGCUGGGGUUAGUAUGAAUGUCCAGCCCAUGUACUUCGGAGAGAGUGCACCUAAGCACCUGAGAGGUGCCGUUGCCUUUUCUUCUGCGGUUUUCACUGCUUUUGGGAUCUUGAUGGGCCAGGUAACGGGUCUGACUGAAGUUUUGGGGAGUGAAUCUCUCUGGCCUUAUCUGCUGGCGAGCAAUGCUCUCCCCGGCCUAGUGCAGCUGGUCACUUUGCCCUGGUUUCCAGAGAGCCCACGUUACCUGCUCAUCGACCGAGGAGACCGAGAGGCAUGCGGUCAAGCCCUGAAACGCCUCCGAGCAUGCAGCGUUUUUACUGAAGAGAUGGAAGAGAUCCUCCAGGAGCGGGCAGGAGCAGGUGAAGCCCGUGCCAAAACGCUGUGGGAGCUGUUCGGUGACCGAAGUCUUCGCAGGCAGCUCUGCACCGUAAUGGUUGCCAGCAGUGCCAUGAUGUUGUGUGGGAAUGAUUCCAUUUACUUUUACGCCUCCUAUAUCUUUCAAGAAGUCGGUAUUCCAGCGGACAGGAUUCAGUAUGUCACGAUUGGCACGGGUGCCUGCGAGUUCACAUCUGCUCUGGUGUGUAAUCUCCUGAUCGAGCGCGUUGGCCGCAGGUUGCUCCUCGCAGGCGGGUAUCUGCUCAUGGCUUGCUGGGCGGUGGUCUUCACUGUCGCCCUUUCGCUGGAGGGCAAAGUGGCCGGCAUGCCCUAUCUGAGUAUGGUCUGCAUGUUCGCCUACAUCUUGAGCUUCGGCAUGGGUCCCGCAGGAGUCACCGGGAUCCUUCCCGCCGAGAUCUUUGACCAAAUGGCACGUCCCGCAGCUUACAUGGUUGCCGGUUCCAUGAUGUGGCUUAACCUCUUCCUCAUAGGAAUGGCGUUUCCAUUCAUAGUUAAGGGUCUGGGACAGUUCUGCUUCAUCCCCUUCUGUGGAGUUUGUGUGACGGCAUGUCUUUUCAUCAGUUUCACUUUGCCUGAAACCAAAGGAAGGACUCUAGCAGAGAUCACUGAGAAGUUUGAGAAGCGGAAUAAGAAAGGCACAGCUAAUGGGCUUCCUAAAUACGGGCAGCAAUGUCAAAGUCUGACGGAUCCAUCAGAAUUCCUAGAGACUGAGAAUAUCUGAGACAGAUCAGGUUGAUUUUGUGUUGCUCCUGUAUUCAGAUUUUAUCAGUUUUGUCUGUCUUUUUUGCCCGGUCUAUUAAUUUAUUUAAAAAUACCUUGAAAAUGCCAUAUAUACUUCAUCCAAGAAAAUUGUAAACUUGUGUACACUUAGAUGUAUUAAAGGUUUUGGUUAUUAUGUAUGGUUACAUUACAAUAUUGUUGAUAUUAAAUCAUUAAAUGGAAAUGUUUCUUGAAAAUGUCAUAAGAAGACAUAUGCAACUAGCAUGAGUUCCCCAUGGAAAAAAAAAGAAGCUUUUCUGACGUGAUGCACUUUAAGUUGCAUCUGAUUUAAAAUGAUGCAUGUUGCGAAUGUUUUUUUAUUUUUUUUUUUAUUUUUUUUUUUUUACUUUUAUUAUGUAUUCUUAUUUAUCAUCUGUCUUUUCUCCUUUCCUCCUUCCCAUUUGAUUGUUGAAGUUCAACUAGAAAAUAUAAUACCAGUAUGUGCAGUUGGGAAGAAGAAGAAGAAAAAGAAAAAAAAAACAGGUGCAUGUUGGGAAAUUGUGUAAAACUGUGAUUUGAUUCUCCUUAUCAGGGAUCCUUUUUUUUCUAGAAAACUUGAAUCUUGACACCUGCAAAAGUGAAAUGCAUUUACAAUUUGCACUUAUGUAUUUUACCUCAUUCUGUGUCUCAUAAUGUAAUGUUGUUAAUUAUGUAUUGCAAAAAGAGUAACUUAUUUUAAAAGAUACACCCAAAAAGCAAUGCAAUUUUACCAUGUACUGCAUUUGUUAAAGAUGUUUUUUAAAGACAAUUAUUGCCUGUAUGAGAUCUUACCAAGUAUUUGUUUGUUGCACCAGCAGAUGGCACUAUAUUAAUAUGAUUUUUUUUUUCUUUCUGCACUGUUUGUCUGUUUGUAAUUUUUAACCAAAACAAGGGAAUUGACAGCAUGCCGUUGCAUUAGGUAUAACCACAGCUGUAAAGGACGACAAUCAGUGUCAUAUCCUUCAUUUGUGCCUUAUAAUCACGUACUUGCUGCCUAUCAAAUCUCCAAAGUAAUAACCUAUAUUCAACCAAAUGAAACAGAAUAUUCAGUCCAAGUGCUUUGACUUGUAUGAUUUACCUUUUGUCCUAAUUCCUUUAAAUCAUUGUAUAAGAACUGUUAAUCUAUCAAAAAUUCUGUAUAUUCAACUCAGUUUGUAGCUAGUAAAGAAUGUUGCUUGAUUGAAAAAGUCUCACUGCUUCUUUCACUGCUAAUCAUGUUUUAAUUAAUAAUAUGGUAAUUUGUUUUGCUAAUGAUAACUUUGACUCUGCAUUGCAUUCAGUGCGUAAUAGUGAAUUCAAGCCAGUGCAUUUGACUGUUCAUUGGCGGUAAUGAGGCUACAGUAAAAAGAAUGUUGCAUGAUAUAUGCAAAGACUUGACUCAUGUGCUGUAUUAUUAGAAGCUGCUUCAACACCCUUUCCUUCAACUUAGCGGAACGAGUAGAAAAAGGACUGGAGG